UACAUCAAGCCCAAAUCAAACCCGCUUUAAAAUCUAACGCGAUGAGAAAACCAAGCCGAGUCCCGUUUCAGCCCAGAGUGUAGCAGGCAGCGCAGCCCGCCGCAGCGAGCCAAGGCGCUGGAGCAGCCGGGCGGCUCCUGCCGGCCGUCGCGCCCCGCUCGCUCCCUCUGAAGCCUCGUCGGCCUUCACGCCGGCUGCCUCUUUCUGCCGGUGGAGAAAACACCCGCCGUGACGAGAGGCGACCAGCAAGCGGCGCUAUUGCAAUGCUGGAGGAAGGCCGGCUGGAGGGAGGGGGGAAACUCAACUGCACCCGCGCACGCACACACACACACAUCCAUGCCACACUCGCACAUAAUACCCAAGGCUUCGCAUCCUCGGCUCGCACAGCCCAUCCGCUCGGGACAUUAACCAACGCCGGAUGGGAUGUGCAGUCGUCAGGUGCCGCCGCCGCCGCCGUCACCGCCACCUUCUCUGACGGCCUCUGGAAAUCAGAGCCCUUGAGGAGGAGGAGGAGGAGGAGGAGGGGAGGAAGAUUAAUUCCGCUAAACCGGCUCUUCCCCCUCCCUUUUCUUGCACCUUGCAAGCCGCCAGACUGCCGGGAGUAGCCGAGGGGAGCACCGCGGAGUCCUGAAAAAUGGAGAUCAUCGAAACAAGCACGAUUCAGCAGGAGAGGCUCCAGGCUAUAGCGGAAAAGAGAAAACGCCAAACCGAGAUUGAAAACAAACGGCGACAAUUAGAAGAUGACAGGCGCCAGUUACAGCACUUAAAGUCAAAGGCUCUGCGAGAGAGAUGGCUGCUGGAGGGAGCUCCUUCAUCCACAGCUGAAGAGGGUGAAGCCACAAAGAAGCUGUUUGAGGAGGACAACUUGAAAGCCAAGGAACUGGAAGAGAACAUCCAGAGGUUGGAAAAAGAAUUGGAACAGCUCGAAAAUGGGAUCUCAGCUUCUUCCACCAAAGAGAACAUGGCUGAGGAAACAACCAGAGUGGUGGUCAAGGAAGAGAAACUACCCCACACGCCGAAGACUCCUCUAGGCUCAGCCAAAGACAACAAAGUCUCCAACAGUCCCAUAAAAGUGGUGGAAGGCAAGGGCAGCGGCUUGAUGAAAGCAGCUAUGUACUCUGUAGAGAUCACUGUGGAGAAGGACAAACUCACAGGGGAGACCAAAGUCCUGUCCAGCACCACUAGACUACCCAAAGAGAACUCAGUUCAGGGAGUCAAAGUGUACGAGGACGAGCUGAAAGUGGUCCAUGCAGUCCGUUCCGAAGAUGGGGCCAUUGAGAAUGGUGUCCACCAGCUCAGCUCAUCCGAAGUGGAUGAGCUCAUCCAUAAGGCCGAUGAAGUUACCCUGAGUGAAGUCUCUGAGAAGGCUGCCAAAGAAGCCCAAAGCAAUCUCCUAAGUCAGAAGGUCACCCCCCGAAAGGAAAUCACAGGUGUGCAGGCUAAACCAAUGGAGAGUCCCAAGCUUGGGGGUGAAGGCCCAGAGCCUAGCAAAGAACAACCUGUCACCAUGAUCUUCAUGGGCUACCAGAAUGUGGAAGAUGAAAAUGAAACCAAAAAGGUGCUGGGGCUCGAAGGAGAGCAAAUCAAGGCCGAGCUGGUGGUGAUAGAAGAUGCUGAAAAUAAGCCGGCAGGAGACUACACAGCAGAUCACGCCCCUCCAAAUGGCAGCACGAUGGAACCUCAGAAAGAGGAGAACCAAGCUGGAGCACAGCCAUCGGCCAAUGACACGGACCCCAAAGGAGCAGACCAGGAUCUUGACAUGAAGAAACAGCGUUGUAAAUGCUGCUCGGUUAUGUAAGAGGCCCUUGCCAAGCCCCUCCCUCAACUGUACAGCCAAUCAGGACUGCCUUUUCCCAUCAUUCUCACCUGGACACCUUGACUCCGCCUCUCCGGUUACCUUCUCAAUUCUACAAAAGUCUGAGUUCAAAGUGUUGCUCUUUUUACUUAAUAAAAUGUGCUAUUUGCAUCCCCCAA